GAGGGGAACGACGUGACGACAGCGAGCGUGUGGUUGAAGACUCCUCAGUGGGCGAACGUCUUGACCUGCUGGAGUCCAGGCUUGAGUCGACAGCUGCCCUUGCCUCCUCUACCGCUUUCCGCGUCGGAAACGAGAGCUCGCGUCGGUCACUUGUCUACUUCGUGCAAGGGGACCUUAAGUCACGCCUGGAAAGGAAGUGGGCUACAUGGCAACGGAACGCAGCCCUGCCAGUACAACAGCGCCCGAAAGAGAAGCCGACUCCCUGGAAGCUUCAAGUGUACGCCGAGUUCCUGGACUAUGUUGAGUCUGCGAUGGCUAGCGGCCCUUCUGCUCUGUCAGGCGAAGCGGCGUUGGGACCCUUACUUCAGUCCGCUGCGGCGAUCGAGGCGGCGAAUCAUGGACCUCCGCAGGAGGACAGAGCGUGGCCUAUUGUGCUGGUCUUCAGGAACAGCGAGACCGGACAGGCAACUCGCGACCAUUGGUACAUGGCGUCGGGGGUCCACAGGAAGGUCACGGACUUUCUUCCGGGCAAGGGUGGUGGAUAA